UGAAGUUAGUAGUACAACUUUUCUAUUCUCCAUUCAGCAAAAAAUCCCAUAGUUUCGCUAAGUAACUGGGAGGACUGAUACCGCUUUAGGGCAGAAUACAGGAGGUUUUCAGUUGGAGGCUUGGAGCUCUUGAUUUCCAGUUUCACUUCACCAGUACUUGUACCCCAGUAUGGAGAGCUACAGUAGUCCAAAUAAAGUACGGACGACACUUUCAGAAUAUACAUCACAGAAUGCCGAAGUAUUUGGUUUUGUAGAGCCAACCAAACAGCCAAGGAGCCGCCUGGUCAUGCAUGGCAUGGCAAUGUUCGGAAGGGAGUUUUGUUACGCAGUGGAAGCGGCGUUUGUGACACCAGUACUACUUAGUGUGGGUCUACCCAGGAGUCUCUACAGCUUAGUCUGGCUUAUCAGCCCCAUUUUGGGCUUCAUUCUACAACCCGUCAUUGGCUCAGCCAGCGACCACUGCCGCUCGAGCUGGGGAAGAAGGCGGCCUUACAUCCUUUCAUUGGGCAUCCUAAUGAUACUUGGCAUGACCUUGUACCUAAAUGGCGAUGCUGUGAUAUCAGCUGUCAUCCAAGAGAGUAACACAAAGCGGACAUGGGCCAUAGUUAUUACAAUGCUUGGAGUGGUUAUUUUUGAUUUUUCAGCUGAUUUUAUUGAUGGGCCAAUCAAAGCGUAUCUGUUUGAUGUGUGCUCCCAUGAGGAUAAAGAAAGAGGCCUUCAUUACCAUGCUUUGCUCACUGGUCUUGGGGGAGCUCUGGGUUACCUCACAGGUGCUAUGGAUUGGAGCCAUACCUUCUUGGGGCAAAUUUUAGGAUCCGAAUAUCAAGUCAUUUUUGCCAUCUCAGUGACCGUGUUCACAGUAUUGCUUAUUGUACAUUUAUGCAGCAUUCCUGAGAUGCCUCUAGCAGAUGACAGUUUAGAGUCACAAAGGUUGGUAAUGAGUACCAAACCUCCUACCUAUGGAGGUGUGGAGAAAAUAGCUAAUGAUUAUUGUGAGCAUCAUGAGAAGAGCUCCUGCAAACUGAGCAAUAGUUCCACGCUGGGAGGACAUACCUUUACUGACAGUGAUGAGCAAGAAAACAAACAGAAACGCAUGACUCUUCGAUCGUUGCUGAAGGCUAUAAUAAGUAUGCCAUCUCAUUAUCGUUGCUUAUGCGUGAGCCAUUUAAUUGGGUGGACAGCAUUCCUGUGUAAUAUGCUCUUCUUCACAGAUUUUAUGGGGCAGAUAGUGUAUCAUGGGGACCCAUAUGCAGCACACAAUUCAACAGCUUAUCUCACCUAUGAAAGAGGAGUAGAGAUAGGAUGCUGGGGUCUCUGCAUCAACGCUAUGUCUUCAUCUGUAUAUUCAUAUAUGCAGCAAGCUCUCCUACCAUACAUCGGAUUGAAGGGAUUAUAUUUCACUGGAUAUUGCUUGUUUGGUCUUGGGACUGGAUUGAUUGGACUUUUCCCAAAUAUUUACUCCACCUUAGCUCUAUGUUCAGCUUUUGGUGUGAUGUCCAGCACACUAUACACUGUACCCUUUAACCUUAUAUCAGAGUACCACAGAGAAGAAGAGCGGGAAAGACAGCUUGGUGGGAAGAAAACAGAUGGCAACGAUCACGAUAGAGGCAAAGGUGUUGACUGUGCAGCCCUUACUUGUAUGGUUCAGCUAGCACAAAUCAUCGUUGGAGUUGGACUGGGCCUUCUAGUUAAUGCUGUUGGAAGCAAAAUUGUUAUUGUUGUUGCAGCUUCAACUGUAUCCCUGAUAGGGUGUUGCUUUGUUGCUCUUUUUGUUCAAUAUACAGAGUGACUCUUAAUUUUACUGUAACAGACAUGGUAACACAUUGGAGCUUUAUGAGACUUUUGUGAUAUAUGUCAAAACGUUUUGGCAAACUGUUAAACAUCAUUUAAUUCUCCCCAGUCCUUUUAUUUAAUGUUUCACAUUUGAUUCCUCUAUGCUUGGCUGUGUCAUUUGACAAUGAAAACAAAUGAGAGAGUGUGCAGGGUUUAUAAAGUUGCUCCUUUCCCUGCUUUCAAUGAUGGAUGUAUAUUUUGUUCAUUAUAUGCUGCUGUGUAAUCAUCAACCUUUUUGCCUGACAGUAGUUUUAUUAAGUUAUUUUAAAGGGUGCUGUGGAUGAAUAUGAUAGCUAGAGGUACCUCUAAUCAGCACAAAAUAAAACAUUGAUUUAGCAUUA